AUGGCGGCUCCGACUCAGAUUGCUUUUCGCACCCUCAAGGGAAUUGGGCUUUUAGAUGCCUCGCCUUUAUAUUCGCCUGUGCCUGGGUUUGAGAGACCCGAAGGAAAUCUUCGCUGCAGCGCGUAUUCGCCGUGCGGACGCUAUUUUGCGUGGGCAUCUCCCGAACGCGUCACGAUCAUCGACCCCUCUAUUGGCCACGUCAUCACCACCCUCCCCGCAGACAACGUCUUUGAACUGGGCUUCUCCCCACUCGGCACAUACGUGAUUACCUGGCAACGACCCACGAAAGACGAGAAUGGCGACGCCGUUAAGAACCUCAAAGUGUGGAGCGUCGAGGCUCAAGCAACGGGCGGAGCAGGAGAGAACGAGAACGCAGUUGUCGGCCGAUUUGUCCAGAAAUCGCAGACCGGUUGGAAUUUGCAAUACUCUUCUGACGAGAGUUAUUGCGCUCGCGUUGUGACGAAUGAGGUUCAGUUUUAUAAGAGCCAUGAUCUUUCGAAUGUGUGGAAUAAACUCCGCGUGGAGGGUGUUGCUGAUUUUGCGUUGGCGCCUGGGAAGAGUCAGGCUAUUGCCGUUUUUACGCCAGAGCGGAAGGGACAACCGGCUUCAGUCAAGGUCUUUGUGGUUCCGCAGUUCACCAACCCGGUCUCGCAAAAAACAUUUUUCAAAGGCGAUAAGGUCCAGCUCAAGUGGAACAAUUCCGGCACGUCUCUUAUCGUCCUGGCGCAAACCGAGGUGGAUCGAUCUGGCAAGAGUUACUAUGGCGAGACCACUUUGUAUCUGCUUAGUGCAACCGGAGCUUUCGACUCUAGAAUCGAUCUCGACAGAGAAGGUCCUAUUCACGACGUGACUUGGUCACCCAAUUCAAAGGAAUUCGGAGUUGUCUAUGGAUUCAUGCCAGCCAAGACGACUAUUUUCAACUACCGCGGCGUUGCUACGCACAGCUACCCAUUGGCACCGCGAAACACAAUUGUGUUUUCGCCGCACGGUCGAUUUGUGGUCGUCGCUGGGUUUGGUAAUUUGGCCGGCCAGAUGGAUAUCUAUGACCUGGAAAAGGGUCAUCAGAAAAUCACCACCAUCGAAGGGUCUAAUGCGACGGUGUGCGAGUGGUCGCCAGAUGGAAAGCAUAUCCUUACGGCCACUACUAGCCCGCGACUGAGAGUCGACAACGGAGUUCGUAUUUGGCAUUUCACCGGUGCUCUGCAGUACAACGAAGAUAUGAACGAGUUGUACCAGGUGUGCUGGCGUCCACAGGGACAGGUAGAACAACCUCUUGGCGAUCCGUUCCAACCACUCCCAACGCCUCACGCAUCCGCCUUGGAUUACCUAGCCAAGAAAAAGGUUCCCUCCAAGCCUGUUGGAGCAUACCGUCCACCAGGAGCGCGCGGACAAAUCACGUCUCUAGCAUUCAAGCGUGAAGACGAAGGCGGUGCGGCAUUCAGCAGAGAAGGAGGAUCCUCCUCUUUCGGCGCCGCAUCUAUCAACGGAUUUGGCAAGCCCAGAAGAUGUGAAGUCCCCGGAGCCGAACCAGUCGAGUUUGUACCCGCUGGCGCAGCACCGGGAGGUGGAGUCGCUCUACCUCCAGGCGCCGAGGGAGCCGCAGCGGAUGAGAAAUUAUCCAAAUCAGCUGCAAAGAACAAGAAGAAGCGGGAAGCCAAGAAGGCUAAAGAAGCGGAUAAGGAGGGAGAACUCGCUCCCCCUCCCAAUGCUCCUACCGGUCCUCGUCUUCAACCCAGCCCGGAUCGCCGCGACCACCGAUCCAAGAGCCGCAAUCGCAACCGCGCCGAAAGCAACGUCAACGGAGGGCCUAACGGAUCUGCGAAACCCAGACCUGCUGCCUCUGCUGCUCCGGCUCCGGCUCCAGCUGCCCCCGCUUCACCAGCCGCAGAAUCAAACGCCCUCUCGCAGGAUAAACGUAUUCGCGGCCUCUUGAAGAAAUUGCGCGCAAUCGAUGAGUUGAAAAUGAGACUUGCUUCUGGCGAAAAGCUGGAGGAUACGCAGAUGAAGAAGAUUCAGACGGAGGAUUCGGCGGAGACCAGAGCGCCACGUCUCCUCCAAGGCCCCGACCUGAAAUGGCACAAGGAAUACGCCGCGCUGGACCAGCAUGCUGGCCGCGUACUAAUGAUUGAUUUUGAGCGAAGUGACAAAUCACGCUCUCACAUCCGCAAAGUCGCCGCUCAGGAAAUCUUUCACCUCCAGGGUUUGAGGCGGUUUUAUCAGUGUCAAUCAGACACCGCCGAGCCAGCGAUGCGCGUUAUACACGUGCAGAAUGCAGAUUGGGCUAUUCCAUUCCUAAUGCGGAAAUUCAACAUCUCUGCAAAAUCGCAUGGUGCUGGGUCAGGAGGGGAAGGGGUCGAUUUUGGGCAGUAUUUGAGAUACAAAAAUCCGGAGAUGAGGGGUGGGAAGCCGUUCCUGGCGGGAAAGACGUGGAAGGUGGCGUAUGAUCCGUGGAGGGGGGUGAAUAAGACUUCGUUUGGGGCGGAUUAUAUGAAGAGUUUUCGGCGGUCUACCACUCAAAGUAAUGCUGGAGGCAAUGCUGGUGAGGGGGGCAGAGGGGGGAGGGAUAGGAUGAUGCAGUUGAAUGAUUUUGAUGAAAAUGAUGAGCCGAUAUGCGCCCAUGAUGUCUACGUGCAGCGUCUCAGCUGCUAUAUCCAGCACAAACAGGCGCCCUCGGAAAACAGACUGUCGCGCGAUGACCUGCCGCUGCGAAGACAUUUUUAUCCACCUGAUGUAUACGGCGACGACACUAAUAAUGAUAACGAUAGCGUUGCCAAAGACAAGGCAGAGUACAAACAGCAACGACUCCGCCAUCUAGACAACGGCAACGUAAUCAUCAUCUUCGACAAUUCAUCUUCGGGAAACAUCGACGAUACUUUAGUUCCUGCCAGACGAGAUCUAGAAUGUCGCUGGCGCCGGUUACCGUUCCAUCUCGCAUUUGAAUCGCGCGAGCCCAUCGAACAUGACGACGACGACGCAAAACUUGCGCUGAACUGCUCAAAGGCGAUUCUGAGUGACGUCUUUAGAUCGCUAGUAUUGGCCUGGGACGCGUUUCUGGAUCACGCAUAUACGCAUAUGACUAUUCUUGAGGAUAAAGUGUAUGAAAGGCCGGACGAUGAGAGUAGAGCGCCGGAAUUGUGGGCGAAUUCGAGUGCGUGGUUGAAGGUGGAGAAGUUGGUGAAUGUGCAUGCGAGCGUGAUGCAGGAGAUGAAGGCACGGUUGCAUGAGUUGACUGACGAUGUGGAUAAUGAAGACAACUGGCUCGAAGACAGCCCCGCGGACUUUGAGAGAUUGACAAAUCUGAUCACGGAGGAUCUGACGAAGCCAACGGAAUCGUUGAUAUCGUUGUUGUAUCAGAGUGUGUCGAUUCGUGAUAGUAGACACAGUCUCGAAUUAGGCGUCAGCAUGUGGCGGUUGAGUUGGAUUACGUUCAUAUUCCUCCCCCUGACAUUCAUUGUCGGCUUUUUCGGCAUGAACGUCGACACAUUCUCCAACAACCCCAGCAUAAAAUGGUACUUCGUCGCCGCCAUCCCCUUCAUGUUCGGCGUCUUGACGUUCUACUUUCUCAUGAAAGGCGGCUCAUCCGACACUCGCCGCCGCUCCCCACGUGAACGCCUCGUGUACGAGUCCUUUUUCCAGGAAAUGGCUACUCGGAAUCCGGCGCUGUGGUCCCGGAAUGGGCCGAGAGAUUAUGUGCGUGUUGAAGGAUGGUAUGCGCGUGUGAAGUGGUGGUUGAUCAAAUAUUGGUUGAGGCCUGUGGAUUUGGUGGGUAGUGCUGGUGUUGCUGCCACUACCGCCACAACAACGACGACGACGCCGAUUGUGCCUGAUGCAGAUGCGAUAUCCGACGGCGUACGAUCCGCGCUUAUUGGUAGUGGAGAUGGUUUGAGUACUCUGUCCAGAAUACAACGCUAUCUCUCGCGCCGCUGGACGCAGCAAAUCGCCAGCCAUGCAACUGCGACUGAAGACACGGAACUGGGACUGAUAAGUAUGAAUGAUGACGGAUUUGAGGAUUUGGCGGUUGCGAGCGGCGAUGAGAGAUUGAGUGGGGAUCAUUAUUCGAUUGGCGAAGGGUUGUCGGAGGUUGCGGAGAUUCUAGGUGCGGCUGCGGUACCAAGGGCUGGGAGGCCGGGGUUGUGGAAGACUAGUUCGGCGCCGGAGGCGUUGGAUCAUGAGAAUGAGAAUGAAGAUCAUGAUAGGGCCGAUGGACAGGGACAGGUGGGGAGGAAUGUUCAUUUGACGGUGCCAGGGACAGGGGGAAAGAGGCUCUGGACGCCGAGUGUCGCAGCUACAGCAACAGACGAUCACGGUCAGGGGCACGACAAUGAUAUAGAUACAGACGACAUCCCCACAACCGAAAUUCCCAACCCCGUCAUCGCAGCAGCUAUAACCCGUGAGCGUGCACGGCAACAGCGACUACGAAGUUCUAGCUCCCCUUCACCGACUGGUCGUGGUCGUGGCAGAGGUAGAGCUCGCGGUGGCAGUGGAUCGUCAGCUGGAGGCAGUGGGAGUGGACGGAAUAGUGAUCGUAUGCUGGUCGAAGAGGAGGAUGCGGAGUGGUUGAAUGAACGAGGCAGAAAGGGGAAGGAUUGGAUGUGGCGGUUUGGCGGUUCUGAUGAUGAUAAAGAUAAAGAUAAGGAUCGUAGGAGAUCUGGUUCUGAGAAGAGACGGGAGUAG